AUGACAAAAUCAGUCUUAAUCACCGUUGGAUCAACUAAAUUUGAUAAUCUGAUAGCUCAAUUAGCUGGCAUCUCUAAAGCUCUAUCUAAACAAGGCUAUGAUAGGCUAGUCGUCCAACAUGGGAAGUCACCGCUGCCAAAAGAGUUACCGGGGAAUGUAAAAGAAGCGUUCAACUACGUGGAUAAUCUAUCUGAAUAUAUCAACCAAUCAGAUCUCGUUAUAUCUCAUGGUGGUACUGGGACGAUAAUUGAAACUUUGAGAAGUCAGAAGAAACUUAUAGCUAUCAAUAAUGACAGUUUAGCUGAAGAUCAUCAGCGUGAGUUGAUUAGAAAACUAGCUGAGCUUGGGUAUUGCAUAGAUAGCAACGUAGAAACCCUAAUUGAUACCAUUAACUCAAACAGUAUAGAUGAAUUCACUCCGGUGAGAUUUCCUGAAUUCAACGCGGAGAGAGUUAGGAGAUUUAUACAUCGUGAAGCGGGUAUACCAUUAUAG